UUAACACACGCUACAGCUGAGUCCCCGCUCCUCUGCCUACACCACAAACUCUUGAAACAUUGUCAUUCUCAAUAGUGAACUCCUGGUUCAACCUUGAAGCCGAGCGGACGUCUGGACACCUCCUCCGCCUAGGGGAAGACAGUUCUUUCUUAUCUGAUGUAAAAUGCAAGCAAGAAGAUACUGAAGUUUGACAAAGAGACCUGAACUUGGAAGAAACUACUGUGGCAAAGAUGAUGGUCAGAAAAGCAAUCUUUCUCGGCUAUCAGCGAACUGUAUUGGAGAAUUUAAUGCGUUGCCAGUUUUCUUCAGCAUCGGUGAUCCAUUCAAAAUAUAGAACUAAUUUGGCCAAAAAGUUUCUACUACAAAAUGAAGGCAAGAAGAGGCGUGUAUGGCAUGAUGGUAGGAUGAUGACAAACCCCUCUGAAUUGGCUAAGCCUCUUGGCAAAGGAGUGAAAACUACACAUCGACUUCGAGUUUUGAAUAAAGUUUUACGGGAUAAAAUCACUGAUGUAAUGUCUACAGGGAAAGUGUCAGAUGAGUUGUGUGGUGUUAGUCUUGAAGUGUCUGAGGUGAAAGUAUUACCAGACUUCUUGGGCAUCAAUGUGCAUUGGAUGUGCACAGGUACAGGUGAGGAUAGACAAAUAGAAGAGGUGCUGAUGAGAAAUGCCAAAGCGAUUCGCCAUGAAAUAAGUCAAAUGCGUGUUAUUGGGCACGUACCUCCCAUCACUUUUGUGAAAGAUCGCCGAUUUUAUAAACUACAAGAAUUAGAAAAGAUGCUGUCUGUUGCAGAUUUUGGCGAAGAUUUUGUGCCAACAGACCCAACACAUCACCUAAAGUCAACCCUUGUGCUCAAAACUAAUUUGGAUAGUAGUCUUAAGGCAACCAUAAAUGAUCUGGAUAUUGUAAAUGAAGAUCUAUUUGAAGAAGCCCUUAAAAUCUCCAUGGAUUCUCCAUCUUUACCAGAUGAGGAAACGGUAAAUGUCCUCCCGUCUGACUUACUACCAAUGAGAAAUGACGUGUUUGGGGUUGACACCAAAUACAUUUAUAGAGUGGUGCAGGAGAGACUUGUAAGAGCCCGAGCAGAGCAUCGUAAGAAUCAGGAAGCGCACGAAUAUAGUUUGUCAACAUUGGAAGAAAGUUCAGAUAUGAUUAAUAGCAUAUCAAGAACCCAGGAAAUUCGUCAGUGGGCCAAUAAGUAUCAACAGCUGUGUAGGAAACAGUCCCGCAGUAAAGACAAUGACGAAGCUUUGUUAAGUGUGCCUCAAGAGUGGUCUGCUGAAAGUGAUGACAUAGAAUAUAUAGAGGAAGAGGAGGAUGACGACUAUACAGGUAUUGAAGAAUUUGAUUUUGAAAAUAAAUAAGAAAAUUGAAAUAGUGAAUAACUAAUACUUUAAAUAUAUUUAGUUUCAUAUCGAAAUACUGUACAGUGUUUACAUAAAUAUAUGCUAUUGCCAAUUGAAAGCCA